CUGAGUCAGGCUGUCUAGAAGGUCGUUCUUUGACCCUGAGUCAGAGUGAGCAGGCUUUGGACUUUGGCCGUUGCUCGAGUCGAGCAAUUGAUUUGUGGCCGCAGUUAAGUCGAGUGAAUUGGACGUCUUAUCCAAAGCGCCUUCCUCAAUCUCUUCGUCUGGAUCGGGUUGCAGGAGAAUAUCUUCUCUGAGGCUAUUAAAAGCUUUGGUUUGGGCUUUCGAAACCUCGACAAGCUGUGUUAGUGAGCUUUGUAAGCCUUGCAAAACGCUCGCCAUGUCGGCCGAGCUGUUUUUCUCCGCAGUCCUGGAAGGGUUGGCACUGGAAUCUGUUUUUUCCCUGUCGUCAGCGCUCAUGUUCCUUCAGUCGAUGAUUUGUUCUUCCAGAUAGCAUAACUGAAGUGUGCAAAAGGAAUUUUUCAGAAUUUCAUUCAGCAAAAAUUUUGCUGCCUUCUGACGGCGCGAAGCGAUAAGCACUGACGUGCGCAUGCGUGAUGCAAUCUCAUGGGAUCCCUGUGGCAGUGGUGACGAAAUAGAAUUAAUACUGUAGUGGCAGAAUGAAAAAAAAAAAAGUCAAAAAGCAAGCAAUACAAAUUUACUUACAUCUGAUGGUGAUGUUACGUCAGUGGCUACCAACAAAAGAACAGCAUUAUUGUCAAAAGUUAAAUGUGGACCUGAUGGGCCACCUGGCUCAUAUAUGCAGACUUUACCUUACCUUAGCAGCCACUUCUCUACAACAUCCACUUUUCUCUGUCCCCAAGGUGGCCACCAUACAUGUGGAGAGACCUGACUGUUUUGUUUGCUUCUGUUAUUUUCAGUCAACCCUUCAAAACGGUUCAGAGCAUUCUGGUGCAUGUCCUUGGUGUUUCUCCAGCUUCUGGUCCAAGAGUGUUGCCAAUAGCAAAAGUUCUUACUGAAAGCUUGUUAAGCAACUCUAACGGGCAGGCUGCUUUAGAUUUCUGGGAAAAAUUAUCUCUGACCAUUGCCAUUAAGGUUCCAGGAGCCCAUGGAGAUCUUGAAGCUUUACCGUGGGGAGAAUUUCCAUUGUUACCAGUGAAUGAAGAAAUUCAAAGAGAUACCUGUGGUUCUGAAACAAACAUCUUGCCAGUGAUAAAAAAGGAGGGCAAGUAUGAAUCAGAAAAGGAGUACUUGGAUACUUAUUUUAAACUUCUCAGAGAGGAAUGCCUUCACAAGAUCAAGAAAGGAAUCUCAGAUUUUUCGAAUAAAGGAGAGUACGAUUCAAAAGAUGUGAUGUUGUACAGGUUGGAAUAAGUUUUCUUUAUGUUCUGAAGAUAAAUUUAAAUUAAUUUAAUAAAUGGGCCAAAAAAGUGAGUGUUGUUGUUUCUAUAUAUUAAAUGGUUAUAUGCUCCUACAGUAGGCGCGGUGGCCUCAUGGUUAGUGUGCUCGUCUCCGGAUUGAGCGGUCCGGGUU